UUUUUUUUUUUUUUUUUUUUUUUGUAUAUACAUGUGGGGUAGGGGUGGUUAACUGCAGUAACCAUGGUAAGUUGGGAGGUAAGGGGUAUAUGGUAGCAUUAGGAAUUACAAAAGUUUUACGUAUAUCAUAUUAUGGUAGCCAUUAGGAAUUACAAAAGUUUUAGGGUGUUAUUAUAAUUUGAUAUUUAUUUCUACUCAAUUCCCUUCACAACGCAAACAAAAAACUGUCAAUAUUUUAUUGUAUUUCCAAUUUUAUUCUCAAUCUUUUAAUCCCCAAACCCCUCCUAAUCCCACUUACCAAACACCCGUACAAGUAGUAAUUAUCCCUAUAAUUAAUUUUUUAUUAUUCCUGCUGAACGUAUAAUCCUUCAAAAGAUAAAAAAAUAAAAAAAAAAUCCUGCUGAAGGUAUAAUCCCUUAAAAAAAUUAUAUAAAAAGAUGAUAAGCUUGAUAUAUUUUAAUUUUUAAAAAAAAUAAUAAAAGCUUGAUAUAUCUAAACAACCUCUUUUUUGAGAGAGAAUUGAUUUAAACAAGAGGUGAAUUAUUGGAAAAUCAGAAAAGACUCGAACUUUUCCAAAAAAGAAGAAAGGCAAAUAUUGCAGAAUUAGAAUGACGAACAGGGAUUUGAAUUGGGAAGAUUGGGAUUUAUACGAUGGAGAAUAUUUAAAAGAUUUAUGUUUCAGACUACCAUGGUUUGAAUUUAAGGAAGACGUCAAGGAUUCAGUGAAAUUUGUUUCAGGCUGCACCAACAAGAUCAUCCAUGCUUGCGCCAAAUUCAAGUUACCUAAUUUGUCCAAGAUUCUGAGGAGAAUGAAGUUGAGAAGAAGCUACUAUGUACCACUUGAUAAUGAAGCAAGUAAUCAGAUUGAUGAUAUGAACAAGAACAAGGAUAGUAUAGCAAAUCAACGUGUACGCGAGUUCGAGUUCAAAAUUGGAAAGCAUAUUGUUUGCUUAACUGUGACCACCAAGGUCAAGAGAGACUAGUGUAGAGUGUAGAUGCAAAUCAAAGUUACUCAAAGACUAGUGUUUGAUUAACAAACAGAACUACUACUUUGUGUGUGUGUGUGUGUGUUUGUAGAGAUAUAACAGUUGAAUAUUUGUGCUUCAUAAAAAUCAAACUUGCAUUGUUAGGAUUGUUGUACAAAUUGGCUGUUUUCUUCGAUUAAUUCUAUAACAUGUUUAUGAUGCAGAGCUUUCUAUUUGUCUU